GGGGGGGGGGGGCAAAAAUCGUUCUCUAGGAAAUUACCGUUAAUUGAGACUCGUGUUUUAAGAGAAUUCUAGGUCAAACUUGAUUGUAUGAAGCUGAUAAUCAUAAACAUUGCAAGAUGAAUCCACAGGAGUCAGUUAUACCACUCUCCCAACAGUUAAUUGAUUCUUCCCAAAAUCUAUCUUUCAUAACCUCCCAAGAAUCGAAAACCACGCCGUCCCAACAAUUAACACCAUGUUCCUUCCAAGAUUUAACCCUUCCUUACCAAGAACCAACUACUGUGCCUUCCCAAGAACCAACUACCCUUCCCUUCACAGAACCAACCACCAUACCUUCCCAAGAACCAACCACCAUACUUUCCCAAGAACCACCUACACUUCCAUUCCCAAAACCCACUACCCUACCCUCCAGAGAACCAACUACCCUUCCUCCCCACGAACCAACUACACUUCCUUCCAAAGAACCAACCACCCUUCCUUCCCAAGAACCAACUACCCUUCCUUCCCAAGAACCAACUACCUUUCCUUCCCAAGAACCAACUACCCUUCCUUCCCAAGAACCAACUACCCAUCCUUCCCAAGAACCAACUACACCUCCUUCCAAAGAACCAACUACCCUUCCCUCCACAGAACCAACUACACUUCCUUCCCAAGAACCAACUACACUUCCUUCCAAAGAACCAACUACCCUUCCUUCCCAAGAACCAACUACACUUCCUUCCAAAGAACCAACUACACUUCCUUCCAAAGAACCAACUACCCUUCCCUCCCAGAAACCAACUACCUUUCCUUCCCAAGAACCAACUACCCUUCCCUCCACAGAACCAACUACCACUCCCUCCCAAAAACUAACUAACCCUCCUAUAAAAGAACAAACUACCCUUUCCUCCCAAGAACCAACUAUCCUACCUUCCCAAAAAAUAAUUACUCUUCCUUCCCAAAAGUUAGAUGCAAACUCCAAGCUGCCGCCAUCUCCCACCUCCCCUAUUACAACUCCCUCUUUCUCCCAACGUUCAACUAUGAGUUUCUCCCAAAUACUCCCUCCCACUGAGGUAAUAAACCCAUUUGAGGGAUUAACCACCUCAAAAUCCCAAGACGAACCAGUCCCAAAUCCUAGAAUGCUUGUGAAACAGGGGUCUGGUCGGUUCCGAAUUUAUCCCGCAAACAUUGAACCGAAACCAGAAAUCCACGAAAACUUGAAUGCAGUGAAAGCAACCCAUCCAAGAUUCAACGUAAAAGUAAACCAAAGAGCCUCUCUAAUCCCAAUCCUGGAUAAAUAUUCCGAAACACACAAAGAUGAACUCAACCCCAAGUCUAAAUCUGUAAACAAGAAAAAUACUUUUAAAAGUUGGAUUUACAAGAAAGCUCCUAGUAUAUUAAAAGGUCAGGCUGAACAUCAUAUGGUUAUUGGUCCUCCGACUGAAACUGAGCAUACACUAAACGUGAUAAAGGAUGCUAGUGGGCACUUAAUCGGACUACCAGAAGAGUGGAAUUUAAAUGGUCGACCUGAAGAAUGGAAAACACAAUUAGACAAGAAGAAAAAUGUCCUGAAAGAAAUGGUGAAAUUAAACACCCCAAAUAGUCAGGAAACAUUUUACCAACAAGUGAUUAACAAAAACCUUCUGAAGAAAGGAAAGAAAAAACAGCCGAGCCUUCAAAUCGGUUCACCUUUCGACUUUAAGCAUGAGUUCAAGGCCAAAAUUGAAGCUGAUGGAAGUAUUACAGGUAUACCUGACGACCUGAAACAGGACUUCAAGAAGGUUAUGGAGUCUAACAAGGUGGAGAAGAACGAGGAGAACAUCGUUAAGGCCGCCAACGUCGCCGAAACCAGUUUCAAACUCCGAAAGAAGAAAAAGACUGGGAAACUUAUGAAAAUUGACGAAACAAAUGAAGCGCUGCCCAAACUAGAUCGAAAUAUGACAAACGAGCAAAUAUUCGAUCAUUUGCGAUCCUUGUGCAAUCCUGAUAGCUACGAAAACUUGUAUAAAAAGGAUCGGUUAUUGGGCUCAGGCGCUUCCGGUGUUGUUCAUCUGGCGACCCAUAAGGAGACUGGGGAGCAGGUGGCCGUCAAGGAUAUCGACCUGAGCAAGCAGAACAAGAAGGAUCUCAUCCUCAUGGAGAUCCGGGUCAUGAAGGAACUACAGCAUCCAAAUCUGGUCAAUUUCAAAGAGGCGUUCUUGGUGGAGAUGCACUUGUUCGUCGUGAUGGAGUACAUGGCAGGCGGAGCACUAACGGAUGUUGUGACUGAGACAGUUAUGAAGGAGACGUACAUCGCCACGGUGCUCCUGGAGACCCUCAAAGGGAUCCAUUAUUUACACUCCAAGGGAAUACUGCAUAGAGAUAUCAAGUCUGAUAAUAUCCUACUGGAUAUGUCUGGUCGGGUAAAAAUAACAGAUUUUGGAUUCUGCGCAAACGAUGAAGUUCGAACUACAAUGGUUGGAACACCGUACUGGAUGGCACCAGAGGUUGUGAACCGGAAGCACUAUGGGAAGAAGGUAGAUAUCUGGAGUCUAGGAAUCAUGGCUAUAGAGAUGAAAGACGGUGAACCACCGUACAUGACGGAGGCGCCUUUGCGCGCGCUCUGGCUGAUCGCGCAGAACGGUCGACCCACCAUUGCUUCCAGGGAGAAUAUGAGCGCGCAAUUCCAGGAUUUUAUUGAUAAGUGUCUCGAGGUUGAUGUAGAGAAAAGGUGGAGUGCUGAGGAACUGCUAUCCCAUCCCUUCCUUGUAGCUACAGUAGACUGUAGCAAGCUAGUUCCAUUAAUAAAAGCUGCAAAAUCUGUUCUAAGCAAACCUUAAAUCAAUAUUAGCUGUUCUUAUUGGAAUCUUUUGAUUAAUCGUACGUUUGGAUUGAAUUGUACAGUUCUCUGAAAUAUUGAAACCUCUCUUUGGACCAAAAAGUAAAAAUAUCAUAAUAACAUGAAUUUAAAAAUAUUGAAAUGUAUACAUUAAAUGUCGUUCCCUUGCCCUUGUAUAGUGAAGGAAACAACUGGUGAUUUAAACUUAAGAUAUUUGAUAAUAAACUAUGCAUGGUAUCAAUAAACAGUACAGUACAGUACAGUACAGUACAGUAAACCCAAUUAUAUUUUGUUGAUUUAUGUCUUUAAAGUUACUUAUUUUGACAGUCCUGCUUAAUUGUACCUUCUUGUACAACUAUAUGUUCACGUACAAUUACAGUGCAUGUACAUUGCACAUUGUUCCAGCCCAUGAUUUAGCUUGAGAUUACAUGUACUUUGUAACUGUACAAUCUUGAACUAUUGUGUACUUUAGAAUUAUUGAAAGAAGUGAGCUUAAUUAUGUGAUUUUGUUUCUUUUUACGCAUUUUUGUAUUUGUUAUAUUAUGCACACUGUUUCGUGCUUAUUUGACGCAUUUUCUACGCAUUUGUAAUCAAAAUUAACUAAAUUUAUUUGAAGUAAACAAUGUUAUAAAUCAAA